CAGCCCUCUGAGUGACCACACUUUGAUCAUCUGUUUGACUGUCCUGCUAGAUACAAUAUCCUCUUCUAUCUGUGCAGCCUGGCCACUGGGAAAAGAAGGCAUGACCCCUACACUCAUGGUCCUGCUCUGCCUGGGGCUGAGUCUGUGUUCCAGGACUCUAGUACAGGCAGGAUACCUCCCCAAACCCAGGCUGUGGGCUGAGCAAGGCUUUGUGAUCACCUGUGGGGGAAAGGUGACCAUAUGGUGUGAGGGGACUCUGCAGGCCAAAGAGUUCUUUCUGAAUCAAGAGGGAAGCUCAGCACCCUGGGAUAGACAGAAUCCACUGGAGCCUGGGAACAAGGCCAAGUUCUCCAUCCCAAAAAUGACAGAGUACUAUGCAGGGCAAUAUCAGUGUUACUAUUACAGUCCUGCUGGCUGGUCAGAGCACAGUGACCCCCUGGAGCUGGUGGUGACAGGGGUCUACAGAAAACCCAGCCUUUCAGCUCUGCCCAGUCAUGUGGUGACAUCAGGAGGCAGUGUGACCCUGCAAUGUGGCUCAUGGCAGAGACUGAACAGUUUCAUUCUGAUGAAGGAAGGAGAACACAAGUUCUCCUCUGCCCUGGGUUCACAGCAAUAUCCAUAUGAAUAUUUGCAGGCGUUGUUCCCUGUCGGCCCUGUGACCCCCAGCUACAAGUGGACAUUCAGAUGCUACAUCUAUGACAAGAGAAAACCACAGGUGUGGUCAGUGCCCAGUGACCCCCUGGAGCUCCUGGUCUCAGGUGAGGAAGCUUAAUUUUUGACACAAUUAUUUUUAGAACCCUUCACACUUUGUCAUGAGCCACACUCCAAGAGAGAGGGAGACUGUGUAACCUUGAGUCAGAGGCCCAGACUUGAGAGACAGUGAGACAGGAACCUGCCCCUCAACCCCCUCCAUCCAACGUUGUCCACAAAGUCUUCCCUCUUAACCCAGGAGGGUCUUGACUCUGGAAAGAACCUGACCCUCCAGUGUCACUGCCUUUGGCUAUGACAGAUUUCCUCUGUCCAAGGAAGGGGAACAUGAUCUCUCCCAGGGCCCUGGUCGGCAUCCUCAGGUUGGGCUCUCUCAGGCUGAUGUCCCACUGGGGCC